UUGAAGUUUAUACGUCGUUUAAAGUUAACACCAAGUUGCGUACGUCACUGUCGCUUUCAUUUUUUAUUACAGAAGAAGUUCUGUACUGGCCCCGACGAUGAAUAUUUUAGUGACGAGUCGAAAAAGAAACCCCACAAAAUUGACCAAAAAUCUUUAAAGCAACAUGUCACUGACAUGUACACAGGGGAUUCGGAAACAACGGGUGGGAUGUUUCCAUCGGAUGAAGUUAGUCUCAAGAAGAACACGUCAAAAUCAAGUCCAGUAGAAAAGAAAAGGGCUGGAAUUGACCCGUCGCUGACAUCAGUAUUGAUGUUUCCAGGACAGGGAAGUCAUUUUGUGGGAAUGGGUAAAAAACUCGUACAUAUUCCAAACGCCAAAGAUGUUUAUGAACGCGCGAGCGGUGUCCUUGGAUAUGACCUACUGGAGCUCUGUUUAAAGGGGCCAGAUUCAAAAUUAUCUAAAACUGAGUUUUCUCAACCUGCGAUUGUCGUUACUUCCCUGGCAGCAGUGGAAAAACUACGUGAGGAGAACCCAGAGGCUGUAGACUUCUGUAUUGCUGCAGCAGGCUUCAGUGUAGGGGAGAUAACUGCCCUGAUGUUUGCAGAAGCCCUGUCCUUUGAAGAUGGGAUAAAACUUAUUAAGGUGAGAGCUGAAGCUAUGCAGAGGAGCUCCGAGGAGGUUUCAAGUGGUAUGAUGACAGCUAUAUAUGAUUGUAACAGUUACCUUAAGGAAGCCAUGUUGUCAGCAAAGGAAUACUGCAAAGCUAAAGUCACAAUUGAAAAUCCUGUAUGUGAAAUAGCAUCCUUCUUAGGAACAGAAAGGAAAGUAGUAGCUGGUCAUACUGAGGCUUUGGAUUUCCUUGUACAAACACAGGAAGACUUUGGAAUACGUCAUUUUAAAAGAUUGAAUGUAAGUGGUGCAUUCCAUACAAGUUUAAUGAGAGAGGCAUCUGUGGAGGUUGAUAAUGUAUUGAACGACAUGAAAUUGAAGAAAGGCAAUGUACCUGUAUAUUCUAAUGUGACCUCUAACCCAUAUCCAGGAAAUAUCAAGCGUGCGAAGACUUUGAUAUCGGAGCAAAUGGUUCAGCCUAUUAAAUGGGAACAGACAAUUAGGAAGAUCUAUUCUCGUCCUCAAGGAAGAGCAUACCCCAAAACAUACGAGGUUGGACCAAGGCGAACUCUAGGUCACCUUCUUAAAGCAACAGAAAGGACAGCAUUUCGAUCUUAUAAAGCAGUAGAUGUGUAACAGUUCCUCUUUAUACAGUUUUCGGUAUCCAUUACAGUCAUCCUGAGUGUUUAAUGAAAGGUACAAUGUACGCCACUAUUAGCACACGAUCAAUAAAUAUGGAUGCUUUUCAUGGACUAAUUAUAACAAAUGAAAUAAUAUUACUUCACAAAUCCGAGAGAAGUUUUAACCUGUAAACAUGUGUUUGUAGUUAUUACAGCCAAGUUUAAAUGGAGAUUGUUUUAUUUCAAGUCAAGUCUGUGAUAAGGCACUAUCUGUUGAUGUACACCAGGUAAGUAAGGAAACACCAGGUUAUCAACACAAGCUUGCUCUUUGGUACUUAAGUAAAGUGCAAAAGUCAAAUAUGGUCCAGCAUUAAAUAUUGAUAUGUAACUUAGCAUUACAACAUAAAGUUUUUACAUCAGAGUUUCCAGAUUUUACAUGUGUUGGGGAUGUGCUCUGAAAACUACUUGACAUUUUUCAGAACCCUCAUCUACCAAGGAAUUUUUUUUUUUAAAUAUCACCCAACCACACACCUCCCCACCCUCCCCCCACCCGCUCCUCCCACAACUCUCUGAUAUUUCUAUCUUUUUAUGUCUUGUACACAAACUUUAUUUUAUAAGAGGUGAAAUUUUCACACAUUAAACUUCUUUUUAAGUCCAUGAUAAGAUUCAAACUUGCCUGAAAUGAUCCGAGAUGGUCCUGAACAAGUUUUGAUACUUUCCAGUCAGUCUAAGAUCCAAUGUGUCUGUCAUUUUGAAAAACAUGUUAAGAUUUCUCCAGUUUAACUAGUGACAUUAAGCAGAAAAUUGGCGGUGUUAGUGUUAAAGAAAGGAAAUAGCUAUUUUUACUUUACAACUCAUAUUAAAUAUGUCUUUUGAAAAUGACUUUCAUUUCCUUAAAUGCUUUUAUUGUGUAUACCACUAUCACCAUUCAUUAUGUCAACAGCUAUAACCUGGGUGUAUCAAGCAGUCCGCACAUACAUAGCAAGUCAUGUGACCGUCAUGUGAGCCUGCCUUAACACAUAGUUGCUAAAUCAGGUCAGCACAUCCAACUUUGAUACACAAAUAGGGCAUACCUUAUAAAGGAAAGUGCUGUGCAUUCUUUUUGAAGUUUUAUGUAUAUGUUUCAGUGCAAAUAUGACAUAGCAGUGCACAAAUGUUGUAAUAUUUCAAUUAAAUGAUUUUGGAUAA